GUCAACCGCAAUUUGUGUAAUAAAUGUUGCUUUGAUUGGAUUUCCCAUUAAUUCUCUCUCACAUAUUUAGAAUGAUUUCUCAUUAAAAUUGGGGUGUGAUCUCUUCAAUUUCACGUAUUUAUUAUACAAGAAUAAUGGCAAACCAUUAUGAAGUGCCUAGCUGGGCCGGCAAGCCUCCCACCGGGCUGCAUUUGGACGUGCUUAAAGGCGACAAGUUGAUCCAAAAAUUAAUGUUAGAUGAGAAAAAGUGUUAUUUGUUUGGAAGAAACCCUCAAAUGAACGACUUUUGUAUCGAUCACGCUAGCUGCUCACGAGUACACGCCGCUUUCGUCUAUCAUAAACAUUUGAAUAGAGCCUUUUUAGUUGAUCUAGGCAGCACUCAUGGGACUUACAUUGGGAAAAUGCGGUUGGAGCCGAACAAACCCACACAGCUGCCGAUCGACUCUAAUUUCCACUUUGGAGCUUCUACAAGAAAUUAUAUCAUUAGGGAACGACCAACGGGCAACUCUCGCGGAAUCAUGGAGGAUUUACCAAACACAGAGCAGGAGGGAGCACUACUUGGAUUGCCAGAAACACAGACUGAAUUGGACAAUUUGACAGAGUUCAACACGGCCCAUAACAGAAGAAUUUCUAUGUUGGGCAUCUCAACAGAUGACGGAACAGAUGUUAUAAAGCCCCCCACAGGCACCAAGCGAUCAGCAUCCAUGCCUACCAGCGGGGCCAAGAAGCAGAAGAGGAAUGUGUCGUUCAACGAAGAGGUGGACAUUAUCAACCCGGAGGACAUUGACCCCACCAUAGGAAGGUUCCGGAACCUGGUCAAGUCGACCAUAGUGCCGAAUGCCAACGCUCCACCGAGGAAACUGAAAUUGCAAAGCGCAGAUGAUAGUGCCCAUCACAUGUCACUCCGGCUGCAAGAGAUAUCCCGGAGCACCAAUCUAUACUCGGAUUUGCCAGCACCCAGCUCUCAUCUUAGUCUUAUCGGAGCCAGAUUGGGCCUGUCCCUCCCUAACCCCGCUCCGGAUGUGGAACUAGAGGGUCCCGAGCCACAUCUCAACAUACAGCCUCCUCUGCCCCAUUCAGUACCAGAGGACGGCGGCCCGUCGGCCGGGCCCAAGAAGAAGAAAUACGCGAAGGAAGCGUGGCCCGGCCGGAAACCGGGACUCAUACCCGGCGUAUGAGUGUAGAUGUUAAUUAUGCCCUAUGCUAUUGUACACGAAAUGUUCGUUUUAUACUUCAAAUAAAGGUAAACAAUUUUGAAACGUCUUUUUAUUAAAUAAUACUAUUCUUAAAGUUAACAUUUAAAGACAUCUGUUAUUUCGUUUUGCUUUUCAAAUUAUGUUAUAUUAAAAUGUAAUUUUUUACAGCGAGACGUUUUAAGAUUGUUUAACUUUUUAAUUACCUAAACAAGGUAACUUCUGUAAGAAGAGAACCAACACCAAUGGAAAUAUUUUUAAAUUCGAUUUAAAUUUUGAAAUUUCUAGAGCUUUCUCCGAAAUGCGAGAAAAUCGCUGACAAACAUACAUAUAUAAGUAGGUAAAAUUAAAAAAAAAAUGCAUAAUAAAAAGGAUUGUUCCCGCGGGAUUUGCAAUAAUAGACUAAAUGCACGAGCGAUGCCGCGGACAGAUGGUAGUAUAAUGUAUAGGGUGUAAGUGAAUUAGAUAAGAUAUUGAAUAUUUUGUACAUUUUGUAUGGGAUAUUCAUUUCAACCUGUCAAUGAGAGGAUGUUCAUUAUAUUGUGUAAAUAAAGUAUGAGUUUUU